UUUAGUGAAUUAAUGUGAAAAAAAAAAAAAAAGGGAAUGGCUUCUUUAAACAUAUUCACUCCGGUUCCACUCACCGCCGGCAUCCAAAAUCCAACAAACUCUUUCCCCCGUCGGCGACCAAACUCAGUUUCCUUCGUUUCAAAUUCGCCGGAAUCUCCUCCCGAAAUAGAACUCGAAUUCAUUGCGCCUAAACCGGACGGCGAGGGUUCGUUCCCGGUGGAUAAAGCAAAAGCAGUUAGCGGCGAGAAGUUGAUGAGGAGCAUCAUGUUGGAUAACAAGAUUGAACUUUAUGCCACCUAUGGGAAGUUGAUGAACUGUGGGGGAGGUGGUAGCUGUGGAACUUGCAUUGUCGAGAUAAUUGAAGGAAAGGAUCUUUUAAAUGAAAGGACAAAUACGGAACUGAAAUAUCUUAAGAAGAAACCUGAAUCUUGGAGACUGGCUUGUCAAACUAUUGUUGGGAACAAGGAAAACUCUGGCAAGGUGGUUGUUCAAAGGAUUCCUCAAUGGAAGAAGUAACAUACCAAGGCAAGUAUUAUGUAUAAGGUAUAAUUUCCCUUACAGAUUUGAGUAUAAUGUUGUAAAAAAAAAUUGGUUUUAAACUGUCAGCAUCCUUUCCACUACAUGUGCUGACCUUGAUUACUAUUGGGCUUUUUCUUAAUGGACCUAUAUUGGGCUUUUUCUUAAUGGACCUAUAUUGGGCUUGGAUGGUCCAUUCUCAAUCUUUGUAAUUUGAUUAAAUACUAUUAAUUUGCUCUAUUGUCACAAUAGAUUCUUAUUUAAUUUU